CUGACCAGGAGCUCUUCAGCCUCAAUGAGGGUGUGCGGCAGCUGCUGAAGACAGAGCUGGGGUCCUUCUUCACCGAGUACCUGCAGAACCAGCUGCUGACGAAAGGCAUGGUGAUCCUUCGGGACAAGAUCCGCUUCUAUGAGGGACAGAAGCUGCUAGACUCGCUGGCGGAGACCUGGGACUUCUUCUUCAGCGACGUGCUGCCCACGCUGCAGGCCAUCUUCUACCCCGUGCAGGGCAAGGAGCCUUCGGUGCGCCAGCUGGCCCUGCUGCAUUUCCGCAACACGAUCACCCUGAGCGUGAAGCUGGAGGACGCGCUGGCCCGUGCCCACGCCCGCGUACCACCUGCCAUCGUGCAGAUGCUGCUGGUGCUGCAGGGUGUGCACGAAGCCCGGGGUGCAACCGAUGACUACCUGCGCCUGGAGACGCUAGUCCAGAAGGUGGUGUCGCCAUACCUGGGCACCUACGGCCUCUACUCCAGCGAGGGCCCCUUUGUCCACUCCUGCAUCUUGGGUAGGGGUCACCUGCGCCUUGGGCGGGGGCGAGGGUGAUCACAGAUGGAGAACAGAUAGGUGAACAGAUAGGCAAACUGAGGCCCACAGCUUUGUGGUGGCAGGACCGGGGUCCUCCUGGGACAGCAUCGGUCCUGCAGCAAGCCCACCAGCUGUGGACCCGGGCACACAGGGACAGGGCAGGAAGGGCUUGCAGACUCGGUGAGCAGCCACAUGGUGACACACGAGAGCCCCACGGUCACAGACAGACUCAGUCGAGAAGGCACAGCUCGUGCAAAUGCCCCAGGCCUGAGGAAUUUCUGCUCUUAACUAGGGAGCCGCAUCGGGGAUGAGGAGAUGGGGGUGCCAAGCCCUAUGGAGCGGUGACCCAGGGUGGCCUCAGGUGUCCACCAGAGCUGCCGCGUUGCUCCUUUGGUUCACCCUGAAACUUCACUUGGGCAGCAGAGACCAAGCCCCACCCUCCUGGGAUCUGAUCCAACAGGGAUGGUGGAUGACUGAGUCCCCACAGUGACCGCGGGGUGGAGGGUAGGGAGCCUCCUGGCCAGGGGGCAGCAGCGGUGCAAGGACCACUUGGGAAUCCGCUGUUCUGGAGCGGAAGCCUGUGCCUGCCUGCUGAGACAGAACCCCUUCCCCCACCGAGUCACUCAGGCACAUCCCACAGCCAGCGAACCCCUGGACCCUGGUAAAGGGGACCCAUCCUCUUCUGUGCACUCCGUGGAGAGGCCACUCCCCUGCUCUGCCCUGCCACCUGCUGGUAACGUUGUGGAACUGCAGGGUCUUCACCUCUGCCCUGGACCCUGCAGUCGGUUGCUCUCCACGCUGGCGGCUGAGCACUCCUUAUGGCCUUUGCCACUGUCUCCCACCACAGUCGGAACGGUACCUUCUCCCUGCGAGUCCCUAUGGGGCCCUUGUCACCCACCCCUUCAUAGCCCGUGUCCCCAGCCACCCCAGGGACACUGGCCCUAGGAGGCCAGGAGCGGAGUCUGCCUAGGAAGGUGCCAGCCCCAGGAUUCACAGACUGUACUGGUAGGGAGACGGAGACACAACACGGAUGUCACUGACGCAGGUGUGGAUGUGGACCUGGGCGACUGACCUGAGGUCCUGCUGCCCGGCCAGGCGGAGAGGGGCAGCAGGUGGCCCCAGCUUUCGGCCCGACUGAGGGCCGCGCACGCAC